UUCCCCAAUCCGGACUUCCUUCUCCUCAUUGACUUUGCGAUGUUAUAACGCAGCUCCGGUUGAUGGGUUAAUGACCGAGGCAAGUCGUCAGAAUUGACAUCCAAGCGGGCGGGCUGGUCAGUCGUUUGCUACGUGAGUAUCAGAUGUGGUUUGAAUAUGAAUGCAUGAAGAGGCCAGUGCGAUCUGUCGAACUUGCACUUUAUCCACAGACCAGCUCCUGCCAGUGACUGUUUAUUCAGCAGUAGCAGCAUAUUCAUCACUAUGGCUUCUGCGUCUUCCAAACCCACGUUCAAAAAUUUAACGAUCGAGUCUCCUUCUGACGCCCCAGGAGUCCAUGUGAUCGUGAUGCAAAAGGCGCCGGAGAACCGGCUGAACGUGGAAUAUGCGCAAACGAUCAUCUCUGCUCUGCGGUACAUUGAGACUCAACUGAUGAAGCCGGAUGCCCCAGGGGCAGUAGUGCUUUCAUCAUUCUCCGACAAGUUCUGGUGCACGGGACUAGAGCUGGACGAGAGCGACAACAACAUCUACGCCAAUGCCGACGGCUUCUAUCCUCUCCUGGCAACACUGCUCGACUACCCUUAUCCGACGAUAGCCUUAAUCACCGGCCACACGUUUGGUGGAGCUUGUCCAUUCAUGCUGUCGUGCGACUACCGGGUCAUGAACAGCAAGCGUGGCUUCAUCAGCAUGCCUCCUGUGAACUUGGGCCUUCAUUUUGACGGGAUCGGUGCCCUGCCCCGGCUGAAAUUGCGCCCUCAGAUCGCACGAAAGAUGUUGCUAGAGGCCCACAGAUGGACAGGCCAGGAAGCUUUCAAGGACGGGAUUGUCGAUGAGAUUGCUGCUCCGGAACAGAUGAGGCAGCGUGCCGUGGAGCUGGCCAAGUCCGUUGCUCCGCGUGCCGCAAUGGGCGUGUACGGUCUCUUGCGGGCUGAACUAUGGGGUGAAGCACUGGACAAAUUCAAGGCCAUCAGCUAUGUGCACAGAAAGCGUGUUGGAACGGCUCCCAAAGCGAAGAUCUAGAUUGCUCGAGCCAUGUGGUCGUAUUUGGCGACACAUAUAGCGCGCAGUUGGUAUAACCGAAGUAGGACCGGUGAUCUAGUCAAAAGAUAUCAUUUGCAGGUGCAUGAUUUCUUUCUCCUUUGGAAUUAAGGAUAGAUCCCCAGGUGGAAGCCAUUUUUCUUUCUCAAUACACGGCCCCUUACCGCUAAUAUUACACUACAACUUGGCCUUGACAUCACCCUUUCCAGCCUGUUCGUGACCCUGCACGCCCAGGGCCAAUUCCUCCAAGCGCCUCCUAGCAUUCUCGGCGCCCUCGCCCAUGACGACCUCCUCGUUCCUCCAAUCCGGAUUGAACGUGACGAGGUUCAAGGGGUUUUCCCAAUGCGCCUUACGGAACAACCGAUUAUAGACAUCACCAUCGUAACUGCCCAACGCGCUCUCGAGCAAAUAAUCCGGGAUGGACCAAGCAUCGACCAGACGGACGGCAUGAGGCCUGACGUCAGUCAUGAGAUUUUGUAUUGUCGGCAUGACAGCUUGCAAUUGUUGCAGCGUGAUUGCGCCGGACAACAAGAACUCGGACGCAGAGACAUCGAGCGUGUACAGCGCGAACAGGCGGAACAGAGUCCUCAUGACUCGCAACGUGGCAUUGUCGAGCGGCGGAUCGGGUCUUGAGGUCUGGAAAACCGCAUGGUGGAAGUUGGACACGAGUAAGGUUUCAG